AUGAGAAGAUCCAUUUCAAGCAAUCUAAAUACUCUAUCUGUUGCUGGACCAGCAUGGAAGGAUUCAAGAGAGGGUGAAAAGGUGGCAGUAAAAGUUAUUGACAAGACAAAACUGGACACGCUAGCCACCGGUCAUCUUUUCCAGGAUGUGAGAUAUAUGAAACUAGUGCAGCAUCCCAACAUCAUAUGCCUUUACGAUGUUAUUGACACCCAGACCAAACUAUAUUUUAUUCUAGAACUGGGGGAUGGAGGAGACAUGUUUGAUUACAUAAUGAAACACGAAGAGGGUCUUAAUGAAAACUUGGCCAAGAAGUACUUUGCUCAGAUAGUUCAUGCUAUAUCUUAUUGCCAUAAAUUCCAUGUAGCUCACAGAGACUUAAAAUGAGAGACUGUGGUCUUGAAAAAACAAGGUCUUGUAAAGUUGACAGACUUUGGUCUCAGCAACAAGUUUCAACCAGGGAAGAAGCUCACGAGAAUCUGUGGAUUUCUUGCAUAUUCUGCUCUAGAAAUUCUGCUUGGUGAUGAUUAUGAUGCAUCCAUAGUAGAUAACCAGGUAUCAAUGAAAUUGUUCAUUAAAAUAUAUGAGCCAAAGAUUUUUGAUUAG